AUGGCACAGCGCGGAGGCCGGGCCAUGCAUGGCCAUGCACUGCUGGCUUCAACUCCCAGCCCAGGAAGUGCUCUCGAUGUCCACGUCGGGCAGGAGCAAAAAAGGCAUCCCGCCCACGUGGUCACGUUACCGGGUCGUAACGUGGCUGCUGGCACCGGCGAGGCCGGGCGCUGCCGGGCAGCGCAGUGGCCACCUCCGACUCGCUCCGACCUCGCGCCUGUGCUCUUGAUCGAUUGGGAUCUUUGCAAACUCAUGAAGUAUCUCGGGAUUGCAUCACGUCCUGCCCGCUCAGGAACGUGGCAAUUCAUGUCUGCCAGGCUUCUACAGAACCCCGGAAAGAAACACGAAGUCGCAGACGACAUCGAAUCCUUCAUUCACGUCUUCAACUGGAUGUGUCUCCGCUUUGUCAAACAUAACCUCACUUGGAAACCCCGCCUUCUCCAAAUGCAUGUUGUGCAUAUGUACGAAGAGCAAGAAACCAUGGUGGACGGCGAAAAGAACAAAGAGGAGAUCGGGGGCGAGGCGAAAGCGACUCAAAUGCUCUAUGGUGCCCUGGCAGUCGAGCUUACAGAUCCGGAAACACCCCUGGGCGAACUGCUUGACGAGCUCGCUUCGCUCUGCCGCGAACACUAUUUGACUUUCAAGCCCAAGCCCAAGCGCAAGGUCAAGCCUCUGGCUGCCCCUUCGGACGAGCGAUUGAGACAGAAGAUGCUGGACUGA